AUGUCACCUGAGGCAGUCCUACAGUGUGAACCAUCCUACCUCUCUAACUCCAUCAGCUCCACAUGCAUCCUGUGUAUUCUGUUCCUGCUCAUCCCAAACUACUUUAUCUUACCCAGGAACAUCCAUCCAUCUCUCUAUCCCUCCAUCCAUCCAUCUCUCUAUCCCUCCAUCCAUCCAUCUCUCUAUCCCUCCAUCCAUCCAUCUCUCUAUCCCUCCAUCCAUCCAUCCCUCUAUCCCUCCAUCCAUCCAUCUCUCUAUCCCUCCAUCCAUCCAUCUCUCUAUCCCUCCAUCCAUCCAUCUCUCUAUCCCUCCAUCCAUCCAUCUCUCUAUCCCUCCAUCCAUCCAUCUCUCUAUCCCUCCAUCCAUCCAUCUCUCUAUCCCUCAUCCAUCCAUCUCUCUAUCCUUCCUUCCAUCCAUCCAUCUCUCUAUCCCUCCAUCCAUCCAUCUCUCUAUCCCUCCAUCCAUCCAUCUCUCUAUCCCUCCAUCCAUCCAUCUCUCUAUCCCUCCAUCCAUCCUCCCUCCAUCCAUCCAUUUCUCUAUCCCUCCAUCCAUCCAUCUCUCUAUCCCCCAUCCAUCCAUCCAUCUCUCUAUCCAUCCAUCCAUCAAUCUCUCUAUCCCUCCAUCCAUCCAUCUCUCUAUCCUUCCAUCCAUCCAUCUCUCUAUCUCUCCAUCCACCCAUCUCUAUAUCCCUCCAUCCAUCCAUCUCUCUAUCCCUCCAUCCAUCCAUCUCUCUAUCCCUCCAUCCAUUCAUCUCUCUAUCCCUCCAUCCAUCCAUCUUUCUAUCCCUCCAUCUUUCCCACAGAGUCCUGUAUAAUAGUGGUCUCAGUGGGAGAAACAUCUGCAGUUGUGUUUAUACUGAUUGGCUGUUUGAUUGCUGUUAGCUCUCUGUAA